AUGAAGUUCUCAUCUCACCAACAGCAAUUGGAAGGGCUGAUCUCAUGGAAGCGUGUGAGUUUCUGUCUACUCGCCCUGGUGUCGAUUCAAGCCGUGUUCUUGUCUACUCCAUGGAUCAAAUCAUCGCGCGACGCCUCUCCAAAUUUCGACGUCUCAUCGCCACAUCGCGAAGCGGAACAAUCUGCUACGCUGAGGACGACCGGCGCUGCGCUGACCGCUUCCCAAUGCGCCACUCACUUCCCGGAUCUUUACCAUGAGGUUGACAGAGCUACCGGGUACUGGAAGAAGCAACUCCGCCGCACGAUCUCUUCAGAGGAUGUGGACAUCUCAUGGCGCAACGACGGCGCACUUCGGAUCUUGAUUCAUCAGAAUGAGUUACGUAUCCUUCAAACAAAAGGAGUCUGGAGCAACUCCUACCGCGAACGAGCCCUCUCAGUCCUCAGCCAGCUCCAGGAAGCGCUUUGGAGUGCUUCCGCUGCUGGCGAGAUCCUCCCAACUAUCGAAGCCGCAAUAGUCGUAGACGAUAUGUCUCUUAUUCCAACAAAGCAGGGCGACACGCACUCAAUCUGGACGUUCACCUCGACGGAUCGUGACCCCGCUCACCAACGCCAUUGGCUCAUUCCAGGCUUCUCAUUCUACAGCGCUCCAGGCACUGGGUCAUUCAUCGAUGCACAACGUCGCGCGCUCCAGCACGACAGUCCCAUCGUCGACAAAGUUCAACAAGCGAUCUGGCGCGGCGUGCGAUGGACGAAUCCGGAUGUGCGCGGACCUCUGCUCGACUCGACCGUCAACAAAACCUGGGCCGACGUCAAAGAGGUCAAUUGGGAGACGAAGGAGAAUCUCAUGGACAUGGAGGAUAUGUCUUGA